AUGCACAUCCUGAUUGGAAAAGUGUWGAGGAGGAUUGGUCAGCCUCCCGAUUCAAACGCGACAUUUUACGGCUUCAAACAAGACCGUGUUGUUUACAAUGAACGAGCCUCCGAUUUAUCAAUUGAUCGAUGAGGAGGAAUGGUUCAAUAUCUAUGGACUGCGCAUGGCCGAAGAAGCAGGCGUAGGCAGCGAGAACGAGAACGACAGAGARACACAGCGUCGCAUCGCAUCGGAGCAAGCCUAUCAAGAGCAGAUCCACGCAAAAAUAUUCGGGGCGGAGGACCUCGAAGAAGAAAACGGCCAUGAGGACGACGACGAUUGUCACCAAGUAGGGGGAGGCGAGAGGAGUUUCAUCCGAGGAGGAGGAGCAGGCAGCAAACGAAGGAGGCGAGAAAAGCAGCUGGAAAAGUGGGAACACGAGGAAAUCGAUAUUCGUUUGGAGGCAUCGCUGUUGUUGGACUCCUUUCCGAGUUCGGCGUCCGAAAGCAACGAAGCAAAAGAACAAAGUCCCAAACAUGUUUCGUCGUCGUUCCGCAACACCGACAAGACUGUGAUUAUCCGAGUCAAUCUGAAAGCUCUMGCCUCUCGAUCGGAUACGGUGUUUGCGAUGGCAUCUUACCGUCACUUGUUUCAAAACAMUGCCAAAMCGUGCAACGGAACUGAUAAAAGCGAGAAUAUCGGUGAAUCGAAGUCGAAUCCAGAGGGAAAGCUCUCGCUAUCUCUCUGCGAUUAUCCAGUCGAAAGCGUCAAGAUCUUUUUGCGAGUCCUGCUGYCAUCCCCGCUGACCAAAAACGCAGACGCUCCCAGCGACACCGAAACCAUUCCACCCGAACACGUCAUYGACUGCUGUCGGUUGGCACACUACCUCCAGUGCCAAGAUCUUUUGGACUCGAUCGUCGACGACUAUCUGAUGGCGGAAGGUUCCAUCGACAACGAGAACUGUCGGUUUUUGAGCAAGCUGGCGGACGAGUUGUCCCUUCCGAGGCUGUGGGAAGCUUCCGUAAAUCACAUGCUGUCGAGUCUAGAUCGGUUCGACGGCGGCGGGGCCGGAAUCACCAAGAAAAGAAUCGACAACGACAUCAACGAUGACAACGACAACGACAACGACAACAAAACUCCCCACUACCUGUGGGAGGAUCUCUCCCCGGACCUCCAGCGAGAGAUCCAGGCCCUGCGCGGCAUCCUCCGUUCCUCCAACCGGAAGAAGGUCUAUUUUUCUUCCUACCACGAGUAUCUCGCCCUGCUGGCGGAGCAGCACCAGUACUAUAGGGAACGCCUCGAUGACGCCAGGCACGGGCUGAAGAUGCGGCUGGAGGAGGACGCCACCCUCCGGAAGGAGCUCGAGCUUCUGGAGCAAGAACGGCGAUACCUCGGAGGGCGAUCUUCUCGSAUGGAUCUCCGGAUCAAGGAGACGACCAACCGGCUGGAGGGCCUCUCAAGRGGAACCGAGUACGCCAUUUCGAAGAUUGAGCCCCAGGCGCGAAGGGUGGACACCCURAAGGCCCUGCUGGUGGAGCAAAAGAAGAUUUUUGGCGGGGGCGAACUGUUGUAGCGCAGGGGAAAGUGCAUGGCAACCCGAUGCGUUCUCAAGAAUGGCGAACGAUGACAYUAUGUACAAGAUYCAUUCCAUCGCGGUAGAGUCGGACUAAAGCAUAGAGCAUUGGGGUGGAAACUUUUGAAAGUCAUCUUCGUCUAUUUAUUCAKUCAUUUAAAUGUAGUACARUACAGCAAAGUACAAGCAUAUUUUUUUGCGGUCCUUGGUAUGCCUCUUGAGAGGCCACCAACACGGMCCUGCAGUUCCAGUUUUUCUACAUGCAACAGACACGGCSGCCUUCCGUUUUUUGCCUUUCGACUUUCACCUAACGGCAUACAGAUCAAUCUACGCUGCCUUCGGCUUUUCUCCGCCGCCCGAUCCGCUUGCGACUGGGACCUUGGGUCCUUCGGUCCACCCGUAGUACCCCGCAAGGUACCAUUCGGUAGCCAUCAUGCCAACGAUAAAGCAGGAG